AUGAAAGCAGCCCAGGCUUUGAAAGAUAACCUAAUUGAUAAGGAGAAGAAAAGGGAACACAAGUUGGACUCCACGGUUUAACAGCACACGCUAAGUUGGCAGAAAAAACUUAGUCACUAGAGCCUGACUAUGACUGCAGAAAUUUGGGACGUUAUUAUUGUUGGCGCCGGACUUUCUGGACUGAGUGCAGCUCAUUUGCUCAGAAAACGGAAUGCCAAGUUGAGAAUACUGAUAGUGGAAGGAAAAGAUCGGGUGGGAGGUCGCACAGUGUCCACUGAAAUACCUGCAGCCAAUGGUGUUGAUUCCUGGGACCUUGGAGGGCAGUGGGUAGGAAGCACGCAAACACACAUAUCGGACCUCAUUAAGGAGCUGGGCUUAGAAACCUUCCCCCAAUUUAAUAGUGGAAAGAAGGUGCAUCACAUGGGUGGGCCAGGUGCCAAAGUUCGCACCUACAGAACAAGUAUACCUGCUCUAUCUCCAGUGGUGCUAAUGGAUCUUACCCAGCUUAUGUGGAAGAUUGACAGAUUGUGUGCCACAGUAUGUGUCCAGGAUCCUUCAAAGACACCCAACGCUGUUGAGCUAGACAGUAUGACCCUGCACUCGUACAUUGAGCAACAUGCGUGGACUUCAGAACUAAAAGAGGAGAUGGGAGUGUGCAGCAGGUCUGUGUUUGGCAUUGAGCCAUCACAGAUGUCCUUCCUAUUCUUCCUCAUGUAUGCUGCAGCAGCUGGAGGGGUACUGCAGCUGUUAGAGAGCUCUCCGGGUUGUGCUCAGGAGUUCAAGAUAAAGGGAGGCACCCAACAGCUUUCAGAGUGUCUGGCAGAACGCGUUGGGUGGAAGAAUGUCCGGCUGGGUUCUGCUGUGACGGCCAUAUGGCAGGUACAGUACAGUAACAGCUCAAUCAGGGACUGAUGAGGCGCAACAGAG